AUGGAAUUAGUACUAAAUAACCUCAUUUCUGAUAAGUUAUCAAAGGAAGAAAAAGAAUCUGGUCUCGAUUUUUUGCAGGGCAUCCUACAAUCUGAUACAAAGGAUUAUGAAACUUAUUUUUCAUCUAGGGCAGCUCCUGGUAGCAUUACAGAAGACAUAGCAGAAAUCGAUGCAGAAUUAUCUGCGCUUGACAGAAAGAUAAGGAAAUCCUUGCUGGAAAAUAAGUCUCAAGUCAUCAAGGAUAUUCUCGGAAAUGAUGAUAGAGUUCAAUUGGAUGAGAUGUCCAAGUCUUUGGAAGAAUUGUGGGAGCUGGAUACAAGUAUCAGUAAAAACACAGAGGAUGAUACCACGAAUAAAGAUCAACAAACUAAUGAAGUGGUUUCCCUUGACGACUUUUUAGAGCACAACAACGAACAUAAUGAUACGAAUAAUGAUGGUGACAAUCCGGCAAGAAAGAAGAAAGAAGAUGAAUUUCAUAAAGCAUUGAACAGGCUAAGAAACAGACUUUCGACUAAAGGAGAUGACAAGGACGAGAUUCGAUCUGAUACAUUGGUCAUUGUACUUGAAAACUUGGAUAGUAUCACAGACUUGAUGGAACUGCCAUUUUUGGCGCGUACGUGUAUUAGAACGGGACACUAUCAAGAAGCUGUCAUGCUAUACACUCACACUAUAUCAUUGAGGUCAAGGUUCCCCGGUUCAACCAUUGUAGAUGAAAUAUGUGAAAAUGUUUUAAAUGAAAUAAGUACUACCAUGUUAACUGGCCUAGUCAAAUUACUGUCCACUAAUGUAUCAGUCAAUUCAUUAAAAAAGAUAUUAAAGUAUCUGAAUUCCAUUCCUCCAUUCGAUGGCGAGACCAAUAAAGCACUACUAAGUAUCUUCUUAGCCAUGAGAUACAAAUUCAUUACCGAUGAGAUAGCAUCAUACUCCUUGGACAUCGAGUCUUCCAAUGAAUCAUUAAUUGAAAUGAUGAUCAAGAGAAAAAUCGAGGUUCUCAGGGAACACGUAUAUAUGUCGUUGAAUGUUUUCAUCAAAACCUUUAUGUAUGAUACAAGUGAUUUGGAAAUUCCGUUCCCAAUAGAACUCGGAACUUCUGCAUUACAACCAUACGGAAGUAAAAAGGAAGAGAAGGAAGAGAAGGAAGAGAAGGAAGAGAAGGAAGAGAAGGAAGAGGAAGAGAAGGAAGAGAAGGAAGAGAAGGAAGAGAAGGAAGAGAAGGAAGAGAAGGAAGAGAAGGAUGAGAAGGAAGAAAAGGAAGAAAAGGAAGAAAAGGAAGAGGAGGAAGUUGAAGUCAAAGUUGUAGAAAAGGCAGAAGGGCAACGUGAGGAGGUUAAAGUACAAGAACAAGAGGAGGAGAGGGAGAGGGAGACAGAAGAGGAAGGAAAGAGCGGGGCUAUGGCGGCUCCAGAUGAGUCCAGCGCGAAUACCCCAUCAUUUAGAAAGGAAAGCAAAAUACCAACGAACGCGCUUAUGCUGCAGUUCGUCGAUAAGUGUGUUACAUACAUAUUAAACGAUCUCACUCGCGGAUCAAGCGACGCCAAACUAAGCGACUCAGUUUGUCUGCAACUAGUGUACUGUUCAUUCCGCCUCUCUGACCUAAACAGAAACUAUCACCACCUUUUCUUAAACAGGAUUAACGAAACAAGUCUGUUUACCACCGAGCAGCUCGCCCAAGCCAUCGAUAAGAGAGCAGAAUUGGCCUCUAAAUACGUAUACUCCUAA